AACCCUAAUUAAACCAAACAAAAGCGAUACACGACUACAUCUGAACCGUUUUCUUCUUGGGAUAAAAAUUAAACUCUCAAUAAUAAUAAAAUGUCUUCCCAUUUUCACUCAAAUCUAACAAAAUCAAGAUCAGUAGAUACUUUAAAUACACCAAAUGAUCGUUACGUUAAAAGAGAGAAAUCAUAUGAUCGUUUUUGUGACUAUUUUAAUCGCGAUAAUCAUUUACAAAGCGAUUCAUCUCAGGAUAUUUGCGUUAUAAUAGAUGAUCGUUCAGAUGUUUCUUCAUUUGAUAAAGAACAGUUAGACACUGGAGUUGCAAAUACGUCGAAACUUGACGAUGAAAACCUGUCGGCUUUGGAUAAGAAAAUAUGUAAGCUAAAUAAUAUGCUGCUCGAACAGCAUUUUUUAUUAAAAGCUCUGAAGGAAGAUCUGCUCAGUUCCAAUUGUGUCAUUAGCAGCUUACCGUCAGCUCAACGACCCGAUUUUUCGAGGGAUUCUACAAAUACAUUGGAUGAUGUAACGAAAGUUUUAGAAGAUGCUACAAAGUUUGACGAUAGAAAAAUACGAACAAAAGAUCUGAUUGAUAUGACUAAAACGUCACAAAUACAAAACGUCGAUAGAGAAAUUCGACAGCUUCUCAUUGAUUUCUUACAAAGUGAUGAUCUAAAGGACCGAAUAGCAUAUGCAACAGCAGAGAGCGUAAAAGAGGUCAUCGGUAAUUGUUUCUCUGCCACCUUCCCCAGCGCCUACUUACCCAUCAUGCAGCAAUCCCAUCGCCGACUGCUCAGACAUGUCACAAGAACAUUGGAAAAUGCAUUUAAUGAACUGGAAGCAGGAUCUUCGUUUUUCAAAUCAGUGCAUAAAACUUCACGCUCGCUACAAGUAGCAUUAGAAAAACAUCAAGUUCAAUUGGAGAAUAACAAAUUGGGAAAUAUCUUUGAUAAUUUGAAAAGUACAUUACAAAUAAUUUUAAAAAAUGAACUCAAGGAAUGGCGUGAAAAAUUAUUAGGUAUACUAAUGCCACAAUUGCAACCAGAUGUUUGGGAAGAAAAUUCUUCUCUUCACGAGAAAGAAAUAUUCUCACAUAUCAGCCCACCACAACCGGCGGAUCCUGAACGCUCUAUUAUUGAUCAAUUAAUGAAAUCAGCGGAAAUUAACAAGCAAAUAAAAGAAGGCGACAUUAAUAAAUCUUUUGAGGAAGCGCUAUCGUCCUCGGACUUAUCUCUUGUGAUGGCAGCUUGCAAGGCCGCGGACUUGGACAAGGUGUUCUCUACGCCAUGCAGUCUUAAACAGUCAGUGUUGUUGUCUCUCGUUCAACAACUCGCUACUGAUAUGGUCCAUGAUACUCAACUUAAAUGCAGAUAUUUGGAAGAAGCCAUAAUAAACUUAAACCUAUCAGACCAUACCACACGCGUGCAUUUACCCUUGGUUGUUGGAGAAGUUAACAAACAUCUAACGAAAUUCCUCCGAUCAUUUCCAAGUCAUGUUGCGAAUCGUCGUAUAAGCUUAAUCAUCAUGGCUGCUAAUAAUUUAUUAAAAUAAGUCAUAUGUUAUUAUAAUUAUUGUAUUAUACUUUGUUGAUUUUGAAUAAAGUUUUUGAAGCUU